AUACAUUUGUAACGUGGCAUCCCUCUGAAGAAGGCAAUUUAGAGCCACAACCUAUCAACUCUGAAACAAUGCUUACCAAAGAUAAUAUCGCUGCUCUAAAUAAGCCCAGCCAGCUGAAAGGUGAAACAAAACCUAAAGUGGAGAAACAAAAUACCUCUCUCAACCCAUGCGGCUCACCAUUCACACCUCAGCAUAACUGUAACACCACGGCCAGCAUUUUAAAUCCAGCAGAGCCCUUUGCCCAAUACAUGGCACGUCGGGAUUUAAUAAUCUCAGGCCUUUACCAGUUCGACGACAGGCCAGAGAAUUACAGAGCAUGGUGCUCUUCGUUUACCAGUGCAACAGCUGAGGUCCAACUCACCCCCAUUCAAGAGCUAGAUCUCAUGACGAAGUGGUUAGGGAGGGAGUCAGGUGAUCAGGUGAAACGCAUACGUUCAGUAUAUGUCAACAACCCCACAUUAGCUCUGUACAAAGCAUGGGAAAGACUGAAUGAAUGUUAUGCAGCAUCAGAAAUAAUCGAAAGGUCACUUUUCCAACGGUUGGACAGUUUCCCAAAAAUAACAGUCAAAGAUCAUGUCAAGCUACGUGAACUAGGAGACUUACUGCAAGAGAUUCAAGGCGCUAAGGAAGACGGCCAUCUGCCUGGUCUACUCUAUCUGGACACUUCUCGUGGAAUUAGCCCAAUCGUAGACAAACUUCCAUAUGGACUUCAGGAGAGGUGGAUGUCACACGGCUCUCAAUAUAAAGAGAACAACCAAGGCUGUUUCCCACCCUUUGAGUACUUCUGUGAAUUCAUAUGUAAAGAGGCAAAGAAACGCAAUGAUCCAAGUUUCCACCAGCAAAACUUAAAACCAGAAAAACCCUUUGCAAAAAACUUAAAUUCCAGCAAACCUAUUACGGUACACAAAACCAAUAUUUCUCCCCCUAACAAGGACUUUAACCGGAACUGCCCACUGCAUAACAAGCCACACCCGCUCAAAAGAUGCAGAACAUUUAGGAAUAAACCACUGGACGAAAGGAAGGCCUUCCUCAAAGAGAAAGGAAUAUGCUUCAGAUGCUGUUCUUCAGAUACUCAUCUUGCGAAGGAAUGCAAAUCUUCAAUAAAGUGUUCUGAAUGUGACAGCACAAGUCACGACGCAGUUAUGCAUCCCGGUCCUCCACCACAGACCAACAAGGCUCCACCUCCGGCACAAGAGAAUGGCGGGGAGAGAGAAAACAGUCACGACACGGUUGAUGUCACAACAAGCUGCACAGACGUGUGCGGUCCAGGUCAGUGGGGACGUUCAUGUUCCAAGAUAUGUCUUGCAUGGGUGUACCCUAAAGGUUACAAGGACAGAGCUGUUAAGGCAUAUGUAAUACUAGACGAUCAGAGCAAUCGUUCUUUAGCCAAGCCUGAGUUCUUCGAACUUUUUGACAUUAAAAGUGAACCUUUCUCCUACAAUCUUAGAACAUGCUCUGGUGUUGUAGAAACAUGGGGUAAAAUAGCUGAAGGCUUCCAUAUCGAGUCACUGGAUAGGUCAGUAGUUAUCCCUCUACCAUCGCUCAUAGAGUGUCAGGACAUUCCUAACAAUAGGAGUGAAAUCCCAACUCCCAGCGCAGUGCUACACCAGCCGCACCUACGAACCAUAGCAAAGUACAUCCCAGAGCUAGACUCUAAAGCCGAAAUACUCCUGCUACUAGGGAGAGACGUUUUGCAGGCACACAAGGUCAGGCAGAGAAUUAACGGCCCCCAUAGUGCCCCCUUCGCCCAGCGCCAGGAUCUAGGGUGGGUUGUAGUUGGGGAGGUCUGUCUGGGUAAUGUUCAUAGGCCUACAGUCAGCACCCUGAAGACAGUCAUUCUGGAAAAUGGCCGCCCUACAGUUUUCAAACCAUGUAACAGCCUCCUGCAACUCAAAGAAAUGCCACACACAAACAGGCCGGGUAAAGCGCCCGAACAAACUCUGGGUCAAACGGUUUUUAACCAGACAGAUAACGACAACAAACCAGCUCACUCAAUACAGGACACUCUCUUUCUGAAAAUGAUGGACAAUGCUAUGUUCAGAGAUGUGGACAACAGUUGGGUCGCCCCACUUCCAUUUAAGGAACCCCGCCAGCAAUUACCAAACAACAGACAGCAGGCAGCCACAAGGUUCUCCUCCUUGAAACGCACCCUUAAUAGGAAACCUGAAAUGCGGGAGCAUUAUGUGGCCUUCAUGGAAAAAAUCCUCUCCAAUGGUCACGCUGAGGUGGCCCCCCCACUGAAAAAGGGAGAAGAGUGUUGGUAUCUUCCAACAUUUGGAGUCUACCACCCACAAAAACCCAAUCGGAUCAGGGUUGUCUUCGAUUCUAGUGCCCAGUACUUGGGUGUCUCACUUAACAAUGUCCUCCUUACUGGCCCUGAUUUAAACAACACACUUGUCGGAGUUCUUCUCCGCUUCCGGACAGAAAGUGUUGCAACCAUGGCAGAUAUACAGCAAAUGUUUCACUGUUUUAUGGUACGCGAAGACCACCGCAACUUCCUCCGUUUUCUGUGGCAUAGGGACAAUGACCUAAACAAAGAAGUUGUCGAGUACCGGAUGAAAGUCCACGUGUUUGGCAACUCAACAUCCCCCGCUGUUGCCAUUUAUGGACUACGCAAGGCCAUCAGAGCAGGUUCGAAAGACUAUGGUGCAGAUACAGUAAAGUUCGUGGAGAGGCACUUUUAUGUAGAUGACGGCCUGGUCUCUGUCCCCUCUCCUGCUGAGGCUAUAGACUUGCUUCAAAGAACACAAGCCUCACUCGCUGAAUCCAACCUGCGCCUGCAUAAGUUCGUUUCCAACUCUCAGGCAGUUAUGCAGGCCUUCUGCCCAGAAGAUUGUGCUCCUCUCAUUAAAAACUUAGAUUUAAGUGGUGAAGAGACACAAUCCCAGCGAAGCCUUGGACUCAUUUGGGAAAUAACAAGAGACACAUUCACUUACUCAGUGGCCACCUCAAACAAGCCAUUCACUCGCCGUGGCGUAUUGUCCUCUAUCAAUAGUGUCUUUGAUCCCCUGGGCCUAUUGGCACCCGUUACAAUCCAAGGAAGGGCCCUACUCAGAGAGCUUACUUCGGAAUGUUCAGAUUGGGACGUACCCCUUCCAGAGGACAAACAAAGCAGAUGGGAAACGUGGAGAAAUUCCCUUCAGGAUCUAAGAGAACUACAUGUUCCCAGAACCUACACUUCCACCUCACUAAGUCAAGCAGAGCGCAAGGAACUGUGUUUAUUCUCAGAUGCAUCCACUAAGGCCAUAGGAGCUGUAGCCUACUUAAAGGCAAUUCAAAUAGAUGGGAAGGUCGAGGUUGGGUUCAUAAUGGGCAAGGCAAAACUAGCCCCACUGUCAGAACCUACAAUACCAAGGCUUGAACUAUGUGCAGCCGUCUUGGCAGCAGAAAUGGCUGACCUCAUUCAAGAUGAGUUGGACUUAGACUUUGAUGCAGUGCACUUCUAUACGGACAGUAAGGUAGUGCUCGGCUACAUCUGUAAUGAGUCAAAAAGAUUUUACACAUACGUUCACAACAGAGUACAGCGCAUUCGCCAGUCAUCAAAGCCAGAACAGUGGCAUUAUGUGCGCACAGAGGAAAAUCCAGCAGACCAUGCGUCUAGGUCAUUGUCGGCAUUCCAACUAAAAAAGUCCACCUGGUUCACCGGACCACCCUUCAUUCACCAUCCUGCCGCAGAGACAACACAACGGAGUGGAAUGUUUGACCUGAUUGAACCAGAUAAGGACUCAGAAAUUAGACCAGAAGUAAAAACUUACGUCACUCACCUCCAAGUACUUAUCUGUAAGCGUUUUGAGCACUUUUCUACCUUUAAGUCUUUAGUCAGAGCCAUAGCAAAUCUUAUCCAUAUUGCAAAGUCCUUCAAUGGGACUAAUCCAAACAAAAAAUGCAAAGGCUGGCACAAAUGUCAUCUGCCUCAAACUCCAGAGGAGAUUGCUCAAGCAAAAAUUGUCAUCUUCAAAGAGACACAGAAGGCAUACUUUGAGAAGGAACUUUCUGCCCUUGAUGCUGGCAAGCCAAUCUCAAAACAGAGCCCCCUCAAGAAGCUCAGCCCAAUGUUACAGGACAGUCUCAUUUCUGUUGGAGGCCGGCUCAAACACACAGAAAUUGAGAGUGUUGAAAAGAGCCCAGUAAUUCUUCCCAAAGACAGUCACAUCUCCCUUCUGAUCACUCGCCAUUACCAUGAGCUCACAAGGCACCAAGGUCGUCAUCUGACGGAAGGAGCAAUCAGAGCUGCUGGGCUGUGGCUUUUAGGCGGCAAAAAACUAGUCAAUUCAGUGAUCCACAAAUGUUUAACCUGCCGCAAACUACGUGGAAAACAAGAAUAACAACUCAUGGCGGACCUACCACCUGAACGCCUAAAAACUUGUCCUCCUUUCACCUACGUCGGCCUUGAUGUUUUCGGACCGUGGUCCAUAACAACCAGGCGUACUAGGGGCGGAGUAGCUGAAAGUAAGCGGUGGGCCAUCAUGUUUACCUGCAUGAGUUCGAGAGCCGUGCAUAUUGAGGUAAUCGAAUCUCUGGACACGUCCAGCUGCGUGAACGCCCUCCGCCGCUUCUUCGCUCUAAGAGGCCCCGCCAAACAGCUACUAUCUGACCGUGGCACCAAUUUUAUUAGCACUUCAAAGGAACUUGGAAUGGACAAAUCACUCCAACAGUACCUAACUAUCCAAGGCUGCAGUUGGGAGUUUAAUCCACCACAUGCAUCCCACAUGGGAGGUUCUUGGGAGCGCAUGAUUGGAGUCGCCCGCAGAAUCCUGGACUCCAUGCUACUACAAAACAAGGUUCAACUGACUCAUGACGUGUUAUGCACACUCAUGGCUGAGAUUACAGCCAUAAUAAAUGCAAGGCCGCUUGUCCCAGUGUCCUCUGAUCCAGAGAACCCUUUCAUCCUAUCCCCUUCAAUGCUCCUUACGCAGAAAUCUUGCCUCCUACCCCCACCUGGAGACUUUUCGGAUAAAGACCUCUACAACAAACAAUGGAGACGGGUCCAAGCCCUUUCCAACCAGUUCUGGACACGCUGGAGGCGAGAGUAUCUACCCACAUUGCAGCAAAGGCAGAAAUGGACCGGGUCGCGCAGAAACCUCCAAGUUGGCGACCUGGUUCUGCUAAAGGACAAGCAGGUUGCACGAAACAGCUGGCCCAUGGCCAGGGUCACUGCCACAUUCCCAAGCAAGGACGAUCGAGUAAGGAAAAUUGAGCACUUCCGGUUUGGGUCAAACACUGUUUUUGCUGAGAAACAGGCUCCUCAUGCAGAAGGCAGCAUGGAGAUGUAAUCAGAUGCCAUCUUCUCUGAAUUAUCAGGCUGGAACGCCUUUUCACCACAUGUUCAUGGAGACAAUUAAACAAGCUGCAACUAAACUCCAGGGUCUUCAUUUGUGGUUUAACUCGGUGUCACCAACAUCCUCGUUGAAAACACUACAAACUUCC